AUGAACAGCUCUACUACCACCAGCUUUAGUCAUCUGCGGCUGUUGCCCGUCGAUUAUCACCGUCAAGUCGCCCACGAGCUUAUCACGUUUUUUCAUUCUUUCUAUCGCUUUGGCUCAGCUUCGAACCAAUUUAAUUUAAGCUCGAAAGCUUAUACAGACUUUAUACAGAAUGUUCUCUUUGGUUCACUCUGCAUCGGUGCGAUUGUCUUUCUCCUGCUCUCUCUUAUCGUCAUACGACGCACUAUUUUGCACAUUCCUAACGCUUCUGUACACCGCAUUUUGACAAACUCUACGUCCGUGGAGCUCUUGGCAGUGAGUCUUUUCACGUUUCUAGCAAUUAGCGCCCUUGCCGGACUACUAGGAGAAGCCCAAGUGGACUACAGUGCUGGCGUUAUACUGGAUACCAUGACCAAUACUAGCGAUCUGCUUCAAGACGCACGAGAUCUGACGACGAAAAGUCUACAGACAAGUAAUGCCUUGCGUGCUAAUGCUGACAAUCUGGUCACAUCGUUUAAUGAGAGUGAACUGCCAGCUGCUGCGUUCAAGCUGUCGAUUGAAGCACUGAGGCUCGUGCACACGUCUAAAGACCUAUGGAAUCAAACAGCGGUGCUACCUCAAAAUUACUCAGAUAUGGCUACGAACUGGGAGUUGAGCUACUUUGCUUUAAAGUUAUCGACGAACGGAGCGAUUCUUGCCGUAGCGCUUGCCAGCUUCUUGUCCAUCGCGUCAGUUGGAUGGGCGAUGGUCUCGCCUCUUCGUGUGUCCAUUCUAGUGAUCCUAAGUGUCGUGCCAAUUUCGCACACGCUUCUUGGUGCAUACCUGUCGUCAACAAUCAUGACAGCGGAUUUUUGCGCUGCACCCAUGAACAACACACUUAAUCUUGUGGGCUCAACGCCAGUUGCAACCUACUAUAUUGAAUGUCCGGCAAAUGCGUCAUUGCCUUUUGCUGACGGUGUGGCUAGUGUUCGACAAACUACAACAGAAGUGACUGCGUUGCAGCAGGAGCUGGAGCGCAACGCGACCGGUCAAGGAGAUGCCGGUCGUCGCAUGAAGAAGGAGUUUUUAGACCCCAUUGGCAAGCAACUGGCGGAUGUUAAGGACUUUCUGAAUCGGUUUGAAGCCUCGCAGAGCUGCAAAAACGUGUCGACUGCGUUUGAAUACGCCGCCACUACGUUCUGCGAGUAUGGCAUGCUAGGUUUUUUCUCCAUGUGGGUGCACCAAAUGCUGCUAUGCCUGAUCCUGUUCGUAUGCGUCGUGGUAUCCGUGCUGGUCUACGAGCGCGUGCACAUUCGCGAGACGCAGUGUGACGUGCGUUACCAUCUCGUGUCCCGUGACGAAGAGAAUGACAUGGAGCAUGUUUACCUCUCGUCGGACUAA